AAAGAAUUUUUGCUUUUCUUAGAUGUCCUUUUUUUUGGACUCCAAAGAUGAAAAAAGAAAAAGAAUGAUAAUUUCUUGAUUUUCGCUUUCUCAGAACCAUAAAGUUGUUUUUCAUCAUUCAAUGUAAAAAAUGAGGGUAAAAAGAUGAUGCAUUGAGAAUACUACGUUGUGAUUUGUGCUGUGGAUAAUGCUCGGCAAACAUUUCAAUACGUCAAUUCAAAGCAAAAUAUCUCGUACUUAUGUACAUACAUGUACAAUUAAGCUAUAUUGUAAGUUUGCUUUUGGUGAAGUUCUUUCUCAUCAAAUUGUCUCCAUUUUGCACUCAUAAACUUUUUAAAAAGUGAAAUGAAAGAAAAGAUAGGUUAAGCCCAAAUAAUUGAUUUGGCCGAUCACUUCUUCCUUAUAUCUACCUUAUCUGGCAAUUAUUGAAAACAAGAACAAGAAAUCAAGAAAGCAAAUGGUGAGGUUAAUGCCGUGCACUCAUAAAUAAACUCAACAGUCGUAACCUCGACAUUUCAGGAAAGCUGAACAAGAUUGAAUGAUCAGAAUCAGCAAGAGUCGAGCAUGGGGAAGAAAAACAUGGCCAGUGGUGGUGACCCUUACAACGAUGAAGAGAUUUCAAGAGCAAGAACAUUACUUUUGGAUCAAAUGGAGAUUGGUCGAAUGCAGUACUUGAAAAGGAGACUAGUGGUAGGGGAAACUUUCCCUAACCUGUGGGAGGGUGAGGAAGGUAUGAUGGAGCACAUCAUGUGUCCGUUUCCUAUGCCGGAUGUGGAGAUGGAAAACGAUCCUGUGGAGAGCAGCGAGGGAAGUGGUUGUGGUUCUGAACGGAAGGCCCAUGUCCACAGCGGAGGAGAUGCUCGUGUCCAAGUCUCUAAUUCUCAGAGCUCAGGGGGGUCAGUAGAAGGCCUCUCUUCCACCAGGGACUCUCUGUGUUCCUCUGACCAGCAGGAGUCUGGUACUGGCUCUUCCUCCUCUACAGCCCCUGCUCAGAGUGUCUCUAAAUCGAGAACAGGGACUGUGACUUCAUUGGCUGAAAAUAAACAAAUUUCAUCUGAGCUUCUGUCAGCAACUGAUCACUUCCUGGCUUCGAUCUCGUCUGCUUCAAACAAUAGUGGUAUAGAUAAAGAUUCAAAGGUCUCUAGUGAGGGGGCUAGUUCGGCAUCUGAGGAGGUGACGAUUUCAUCAUGCACAAGUGACUCGGGGGCAGUCAGCCGUCCAGCACUGGAGAGUGGGUGUGAUGCAGUCAUGCAGUCAACACCAGGGGAUGAGGUGGAGAGUCCUCAGUCUCCCAAUGACUUGUCGGUAGAGGAGGAGGCCGUCUCUAUUGAAGAACUCUUGUUUUGGCAGAAAGUGUCUUCACUGUACUUUGAGCUGCUUGAAAUCAAGGAGUCUGUUGAAAAAUCUGACAUUGAGGCCAUAAAAACUGAGGGAGCCCUAUUAAAAGCAUUCAGGAUUUUGAAAAAAACGCGUUUUAAGCUGAAUGUCUUGGAGAAACAGUUCAAAUGUGACCAGCAAGAAAGAAUGCAGCAUGGUUAUAAUAUUAAGAUGCCUAAACUACUGAAAGUAAAAGAGCAAGAUGCAAAUCAGCACUGUUGGAAUAUCUAUGAUAUAACAAGGUGCUUUAACAGAAUUCGUUCCCUUUUGAAGAAAAAGCGCAGCGCUGUGACAAAGGCACGAAAACAAUUGAAGCUAGUGUCUGGAGAAGGAUCCUCGGGCCAGAGUUCUUCCCCUUGCUCUGAGAGCUAUGUCAGUGGCAUCAGCGAAAGCUUGAGUGACAGUGGCCAGAAUAUAGGUGGUGUUCCCAGCCAUAAACAUGAACAAGAAAUGUCUAGGCAGGAGUCGAAAUACUGGAAAAGCCUGGAAGAGAUUUUACUACAGUUGAGAAGAUUUAGUAGUAAGUUUGGUAAACUCCAGUUUAGAAAAGGUAAAAAGUAUGUCCUGAAAGGGUCCAGACUCGCUGUUGUGGGUAAGUUAAAACGUCAAAUUACAGUUCUAGAAGGUAAUUUAAAAGCCAAACAGCAGGAAGGGAGUCAAAUGGGAUAUCGGAUUUCUAGAAAAAGACCUAAACAUCAGUCUAAAAGAGAGAAAAGGCAAUUUGUUGCAGACUUAAAACAGGUGAAUGAAUAUUUUGUUAUUGUAAAUGAAAGGUUUCAGGCAGUGAUGAAACAAAUUGAAAAUGUUCCUGAGAUAAAUGUAUCUGUGUGAACUAUUAUUUUAACUGUUCGCUUAGCCCAGGUCUUUUUCAUUUUCGCACAUGGGCUUUUGCAGUUUGCAUAACUGUGUCUCUUGAGAAAUGUCAUGUUAACAGUUGUGUACAGUCUACCAUGCGCUCAAAGCCAUACACACACACAUAAAACGGAAUAGAUUUUCAGGUCCUGAAUUUUUUCUUAUCUGUGCGUUAUGCAUUUCAUUGUAUUUUAAAAUACACAUACAUAGUGGAAUAUGUACAUGAUAGCUUAUUUAGAUAGUGAACAGAUUUAUACGUCCCAACAAUUUUAUUAUGCGCGUGCUGGACUGUACUUAUCAAUAUCAUUUUAUUUUCCUCUGUCUACAUGAAACUUUGCCAUCUUCACCCAAUACUGAGUAUUCUGGAUCUUAGCAUGAUUUUUGCAAGAAGAGGUUCAUGGCUUAUAAUAUAUAUAUCAGAGUUGUAUUUCUAGAUUAGACUUUUGUUUAUGGUGCAAAAAAAAACUACAAAAACUUUUGUAAUGCACAGAGUACAAACUGGAGCGCGCGCUGGCCUACAAUUUUCUUGAUAUGAUUUGCAGGAUGCGGUCUGUAGAAUGUCAUUGACUCGGGUAGCCCGGUUGGUAAUUGGUGACAUUUUGGAUACUGAUGUGGAUGACCUUGGUUCAAAAUUUUUAGAUUUGUGUUUGGAAAAUUUUGAUGGCUGUUUACCCCACUGGUUCAGUCCCCAUCCCUAUCAUCACCAUCAGAGAUGCAAGUUAAAUCACAGGUCCCACCUUUUAAAUCCUUGCAAUGUUGCAAUACUAUGCUCAUUAUCAUUAAAUACUUUUGUUUUGAAGUGGGAACAGGAAAACAUAUGUCAUGACAUGGUAGAAUCAGGUUUUCGCUGGGUUUUUUGCUCAAUACUUUGCCUUUUUUAUGUCUGUUUAAAAACUCAUUUGUGUGGAUUUUAGUGAAAAAUUAUGAUCAAAGACACACCAAAAAAAUUAGUUUUUCUAAGGACAUUGAAGCUUUGGAAGUCAACAGACUUUGGUGGCCAAUUUUUCAUUAAUUGUACCCCUGACACCAGGCAACCCCACCUCCUUCAAUGGCAAAUUUCUUUACUUCUAUUCAAGGUAGAUGGGUAUUUUUUCAUAAAAAGUAACACCAAUGAACAAGCUUCAAGAUGAUACCGGUAACCCCAUAUAUAUGCCCCAAAACGUAUGAGCGCCUGAUUCCACCCAACAUGACACAUGUUUAUUUAGGAAUGAAAUUAAAAUUGUUUUCGUUGUGUAUCAGUUGUUGGAAAGUGACUCUUAAAAAAAUGUCAUUUUAUGUACCGUAGUAGAACUGAUAGUUUUGAGUGGUAUUAAAAACGGUCGCUUUUAAGGACACAAGCGGGAUAAACCAGAUUUCGGGGGUUUCCAGAAAUCUUGACCUACACCAAAA